AUGCUUGGAGCUUCCUUCCUGCCCGCCCGCUUUCGAGGCGCAGACACUUCCUCCCCCGCAGUGCGACCCAAUUGGUACAACCGCCAGAUAUCACCCGUCCUACAGUCGUUCUCGGGCCUGGCUUGCUCGCAGCCAAUCCACACCAUAGUCUGCGUCGCACUCCUCGCCAGUACUACAUACAUUGGACUUCUAGAUGGCCGACUAUUCAGUCCCCCCACAUCGCUGCAGGCUGCCGUUGGCAAGGCGGACUUCAACACACUCCUAGCUGGGAGCAAAAGACUUCGCGUGGGAGAAGAGACAGGCUGGAAAUGGCAUGUUGAGGAGGGAUCCCCUCAGGCAUCGUCAAAUCAGGAUCUGGCCCUUGUAACAUUCGUCUUCCCCGACUCCUCUACACCUUCACAUACCGCGCCUAUUGCGCAUGCGGUACCGGUACCCUCAAACUCGUCAGCGCAACUCCUACCAUGCUCUACCAAUCCUCUGUCCACCAUAUCUCAUGACACUACAUUGGCCUUUUCCAUCCCAUAUGCGGAGGCGCCCGAGUUCCUCACGGCCGUUCAAGAGAUACCAGUGCCGCUCGAUGAAGGCGCUGAGGAUGAUGAGUCUUCAGAAAAGAAGAGGUGGAUCAUGAAGGCUGUGCGAAGCAAUGGUUUUGGAUCCGGCAGCCUCAAGCGUCGCAUACACAACGCCUGGAUAUCUUUUCUGGAUCUUAUCAAGAAUGCGGAAACGCUCGAUAUCAUCAUCAUGGCGUUGGGCUAUCUGUCGAUGCAUUUGACUUUUGUAUCACUCUUUCUGUCAAUGCGGCGCCUAGGCUCAAACUUCUGGCUCGCCUUCACAGUACUCUUGCAAUCAGUGUUUGCCUUCCUCUUCGGUCUGACAGUGACCACUAAGUUGGGAGUUCCCAUCAACAUGGUCCUCCUAUCCGAGGGCUUGCCAUUCUUGGUGGUCACUAUUGGCUUCGAGAAACCAAUCGUAUUGACGAAAGCUGUGCUGUCCGCAUCUUUAGACUUGCGGCGACAAGCUGCUCAGAACAACGGCGAUGGCAUGACCAUCCAAAAUGCGGUCCAAGCAGCGGUCAAGGAGAGAGGUUUUGAGAUUGUGCGAGAUUACUGUGUUGAGAUUCUGAUCCUGGUCGCUGGCGCAGCAUCUGGCGUGCAGGGCGGACUGAAACAGUUCUGCUUCCUCGGAGCUUGGAUCCUUCUCUUCGACUGCAUCCUACUAUUCACCUUCUACACCUCCAUUCUGACAAUCAAGCUGGAGAUCAACCGCAUCAAACGUCACGUGGCCUUGAGAAGAGCAUUGGAAGACGAUGGCGUCAGUAGACAAGUAGCAGAGAAUGUAGCUGCAAGCAACGACUGGCCGAAGCUCAAUUUGACGGGUGCGGAAACUGGUAAAAUCACCCAAGACUCGGACACCACCGUCUUCGGACGGAAGGUCAGAGACACCAAUGUCCCCAAAUUCAAGGCCCUCAUGGUAACGGGAUUCGUCAUUGUCAACGCCCUGAACCUCUGUACGCUACCUUUUCGAGGCGGGGCGAACAACACCACGCCAACCGCCAUGUUGGGACUAUCUAGCGUAGUCACUCAGCCGCCAAUGGAUCCCUUCAAAGUAGCUGGAAACGGACUGGAGACAAUCUUCGCAUCAGCCAAACAGAGUCAGCUCUCGACUGUAGUCACUGUGCUCUCUCCGAUCAAGUACGAGCUGGCAUACCCUUCGAUGCACUACGAAACAUCUAAAGACUCAGCGUCUUUCUUCGAUACAGAGUAUGCCGGCAUGCUUGAUGGGAUGGGCGGACGGGUCGUUGAUGGCGUCCUCAAAAGCUUUGAAGACCCGGUGUUGAGCAAAUGGAUUGUUGUCGGUCUGGCCAUAAGUCUUGUGCUGAACGGCUACCUGUUCAACGCGGCUCGCUGGUCAAUCAAGGAUCUUGCGCAUCCCUCGCCGCCAAAGCAGCCGCCUGCCGAGAGCGAAGUGAUGGAUGGCGCGCCUGACAGGUAUCUACCGCUUGAAUCGCACGUUACGCAAAACUCGUCGCGGUCCUUCGAGGACUGCGUGGCUAUGCUGAAAGAAAAGCAGGCCCCUUUGCUAACAGACGAAGAGCUCAUUGACCUAUCGCUAAAGGGCAAGAUUCCAGGUUACGCGUUAGAGAAGACACUGGAAGACAAGACCAGGGCUGUCAAGAUCCGGAGAGCGGUUGUGUCUAGGACUCAUGCGACCCGAGAUACAUCGAGCUUGCUGGAGAAGUCGAAGCUGCCGUACGAGCAUUACGACUACGACCGCGUCUUUGGAGCUUGUUGCGAGAACGUCAUCGGAUACAUGCCGCUGCCCUUGGGUGUUGCUGGGCCCUUGUUGAUAGACGGCCAGAACUAUUUCCUUCCUAUGGCAACCACCGAGGGUGUUUUGGUUGCCAGCACAAGUCGCGGGUGCAAGGCCAUCAACGCCGGAGGCGGUGCCAUCACCGUGCUCACCGGAGACGGAAUGACUCGCGGCCCUUGCGUUGGCUUCGAGACGCUCGCAAGAGCCGGAGCUGCGAAGGUCUGGCUAGACUCGGAAGAUGGGCAGCGGACCAUGAAGAAUGCGUUCAACUCCACCAGCCGUUUCGCACGCCUGCAAACUAUGAAAACCGCCAUCGCCGGCACCUACGUCUAUAUCCGCUUCAAAACAACGACCGGCGACGCCAUGGGCAUGAAUAUGAUAUCCAAGGGCGUAGAGCACGCCCUGCACGUCAUGUCAACCGAAGCAGGCUUCGACGACAUGGCCAUCAUCUCCGUGUCAGGGAACUACUGCACCGAUAAGAAGCCCGCCGCGAUAAACUGGAUAGACGGCCGCGGCAAGAGCGUGGUGGCCGAAGCCAUCAUCCCCAAAGAUGUCGUGCAGAGCGUCCUAAAGAGCAACGUCGACGCCCUCGUGGAACUCAACAUGAGCAAGAACCUCAUCGGCAGUGCAAUGGCUGGUAGCAUUGGCGGCUUCAACGCGCAUGCUGCGAAUAUCGUCACGGCUAUCUUCCUUGCGACGGGGCAGGACCCGGCACAGAACGUCGAGAGCUGCAACUGCAUCACUGUUAUGAAGAACCUCCAUGGCAAUCUCCAAAUCUCCGUCUCAAUGCCCUCCAUCGAAGUCGGCACCAUAGGCGGCGGCACCCUCCUAGAACCCCAAUCCGCAAUGCUCGACCUGCUCGGCGUUAAGGGCGCGCACCCGACCAACCCGGGCGACAACGCCCGCCAACUUGCACGCAUCGUCGCGGCGGCAGUGCUGGCGGGUGAACUUAGUCUCUGCAGCGCGCUUGCCGCUGGGCAUCUGGUCAAGGCGCAUAUGAGCCACAAUCGCAGCGCGGUGCCUACGAGGAGCUCGACGCCCGCCCCGGGGGCAGGGGCCGGGGUGCAGACGCCGGUGAGUUUGGCUAUGACGAGUAUUCAGGACUCUGCGGUUGCGGCGGGACGGCGGUAG